AUGACUGAUCACAAGGAGAUAACAAGUUUCCUUGACUCUCAUAUUGCUGCAGCACAAAAUGCGGGUGGCGAGGGUGGCAUCAAGACGCCCACAGUCUCCUCUCAGACCCCACGGACCCCCGGCACUUCACGAUAUGAUACCUUUAGGGAUAAAGAGAGGAAGAUCGGCCACAGGAGAGUGGGAGAAGGAGGCAUCGUUACAUACAAAAAAAUUGGGACUUCACAACUUAUGGCAUCAAUCCAGCUGGGUAUCCAACAAGCAGUGGGAAGCCUGGCAAGCAAGCCUGAUCUGGAUGUUUUAAUCCAGGAUUUUUAUGUUGUAGAAACUAUUUUUUUUCCUUCUGUUGGUUCUCAGUCAACACCAGCUCAUCAGUUUUCUGAGUUUAGAUUCAAAGUGUAUGCACCCAUAGCAUUUAGACAUUUUAGAGAUCUGUUUAAAAUUCAACCAGAAGACUAUCUUGUUUCAUUGUGCAGCGAGCCUCUUCGGGAACUAAGUAAUCCUGGGGCGAGUGGCAGCAUAUUUUAUUUAACAAAUGAUGAUGAGUUCAUUAUCAAGACAGUGCAGCACAAGGAGGCAGAGUUCCUUCAAAAGUUAUUGCCAGGAUAUUAUAUGAAUCUGAACCAGAAUCCUAGAACAUUAUUACCAAAGUUUUUUGGGCUCUAUAAUUAUCAGUGUAAUGCCAAGAAUAUUAGGUUGAUAACAAUGAACAACUUACUUCCGUCAUCAAUAAAGAUGCAUCAGAAAUAUGAUCUAAAAGGUUCUACGUACAAAAGAAAGGCUAGUAAGUAUGAACGAAGCAAAGAAUCCCCAACAUUUAAGGACUUGGACUUUAUGGAGCACCAUCCAGAAGGUAUUCUACUAGAGGCAGAAACCUACAAAGCUCUCAUAAAUACCAUUGCAAGAGACUGCAGAGUAUUAACAUCUUUCAAGAUUAUGGAUUACUCCUUAUUAGUGGGCAUUCACAAUUUAGAUCUUGCAGCCAGAAAGAAGGCACAAGACAAAGAGAAAAAAUUAAAUGGCGGAGAUGGUGGGCCAGCAGACGACGGGAGCGGAGAGGCGGAAGGAGAGGGCACUGGCUUGACCCGAUCCCGCUCAAUCAAUCGACACAAACUUGUGGCCCACUCAACUGCCAUGGAAUCCAUCCAAGCAGAUUCUGAUCCUAUAGAUGAGGAGGACCAUGUCCCGCCUGGAGGUAUUCCAGCGAGAAAUGCAAAAGGAGAACGACUGUUGCUCUUCCUUGGUAUCAUUGACAUUCUGCAGAGUUAUCGACUGAAAAAGAAAAAAAAAAACAAAAUUAGAGCACAACAUUCAAGUAAUGAUCAUGAUGGGAAGUAA